UAUCUAUUUUUAUAUUAUAAUUUUUUUUUUUUUCCAUUAAAUACCUCCCACCGUUCACUUAGAUUGAGUAUUAUUUUCCUUAAUAGCUCAAAAAAAAAAAAGUUAAAAGAAAAACCUCGUUAAUAUACCGACAUUUUGGGGGCAUUUCCCAUCUCUCCGUUUCGGAAAUUUUGAAUUUGGAAGGGAAAUCGGAAUUGGGUUUCUGGGAUUUUAGGGGAAAAUGGCGACGAAUAUAGGGAUGAUGGACAGUGCUUACUUCGUUGGGAGGAAUGAGAUACUUACAUGGAUCAACAAUCGGCUUCAGCUCAAUCUCUCUCGGAUUGAAGAGGCUGCAUCUGGUGCUGUGCAAUGUCAGAUGAUUGACAUGACUUAUCCAGGAGUUGUUCCAAUGCACAAGGUCAAUUUUGAUGCAAAGACAGAAUAUGAUAUGAUUCAAAACUAUAAGGUCUUACAGGAAGUAUUCAACAAGCUGAAAAUUGAGAAGCACCUUGAAGUUAACAGACUUGUUAAAGGCCGGCCUUUGGACAACUUGGAGUUCUUACAAUGGCUUAAACGCUACUGUGAUUCUGUAAAUGGUGGCAUAAUGAACGAGAAUUAUAAUCCUGUUGAAAGGAGAGUCAAGGGUGGGAAGGAGCGGAAUACCAAAGGUUCACAGAAGAACUCAAAGUCACUGCAAACAAAUAACAUACACAACUCCAGCUCAGGUGAUGCUGCUGGCCUGAGAACCUCUGGACCAAAGCAAGGGAAAACCUAUCCAGCAUCAGCUGCUGCUGAUUCUUCCAGUCAAAUUCAGGCUUUAUCCAACGAGAUUACUGAUCUCAAACUCUCUGUCGACGUUUUGGAAAAGGAAAGAGAUUUUUACUUUGCAAAACUGAGGGAUAUAGAAAUACUUUGUCAGGGUACUGAACUGGAGGAUAUCCCGAUGGCAGUAGCAGUGAAGAAGAUCCUCUAUGCUGUUGAUGCAAAGGAAUCUGCUCUAUCUGAGGCUCAGGAGUACCUUUACCAGUCGAUGAAUGCUGGUGGCGAACCUGAAACAGAAGAAGAAAAGGAAAAUGAUCUUUAAAUUGGCUUAAAGAGCCGACUUCAUUUUGAUGAAGGGUAAGUAACAAACUUGAGGGUGGAGUAGAGGGUCUAGUGGUCUAUGCCUGUAGCUUUCUUUAUUUUGAAGAUUCAGUGAUCCUUCGCUUUGAUCCAACUGUGAAAUACCACUAGAUCUUGAUGAAGGAUUGUUUAGAGUGUAUUUUCUUGCUUUCCUCCAUGUAUGUGCUGUGCUGGAUAGAUGUUUGACAACUGAAUCUGUGAGUGAGUGACAUUAAUAAUAGAGUUUCUUCAACUUUUAUUUGAAAA